UUGGCCGCAGAGAGCAGCGGCAGCAGGAGGGAGCGGCUCUCUGGUAGAGCGACAUUCACUCAGUGUGGAGAGAGUGCGUAGCGGCGAGGACGGGUGGAUGUCUUGCCGAUCUACCGUGGGCCUAACGGGCUGUGAUGCUGGCCAGCAGACAGCCCCAGACCCGGAGAGAGGCCGGUACGAGUGGGGCUGGGUUUGCGGAAGCGAUCGUGGGCUAACGGAGGAACAGACAGAGACAGAUAGUCAGGAUGCGUGAAUACAAGCUGGUUGUGUUGGGAUCAGGAGGCGUUGGGAAGUCAGCUCUGACUGUCCAGUUUGUUCAGGGAAUCUUUGUGGAGAAAUAUGACCCAACGAUAGAAGAUUCAUAUAGGAAGCAAGUUGAGGUUGAUGGGCAGCAGUGUAUGUUGGAAAUCCUUGACACAGCUGGAACAGAGCAGUUCACUGCGAUGAGAGACUUGUACAUGAAAAACGGUCAGGGCUUUGCCCUGGUUUACUCCAUCACAGCUCAGUCAACCUUUAAUGACCUCCAGGAUCUUCGAGAACAGAUUCUUAGAGUGAAAGAUACAGAGGAUGUUCCCAUGAUCCUAGUUGGUAAUAAAUGUGACCUGGAGGAGGAGCGAGUGGUCGCCAAAGAGUCUGGCCUGGGCCUUGCUCGCCAGUGGAACUCCUGUGCUUUUCUGGAGACCUCAGCCAAGAGCAAGAUCAAUGUCAACGAGGUCUUCUAUGACCUUGUGCGCCAGAUAAACAGAAAAAGUCCAGCACCUGGAAAAACUCGCAAAAAGUCCACCUGUCAACUUCUCUAAUGAUGAACUUUGGUGUACUUGACCAACAAGUCAUGGGAUAUCUUCCAACUGGCCAUGUUUCUCAACACAUUUCAUCAUCAAGAUCAGCCACCACUGACCUGUAUGUGAACAGUGGCUUCUCUUCCAGCCUCACCCUGCAACUAACAAGACACUGCUGCCUUGGAAACAUUUAAACCAAAACUUCAAAAGACUGGCUGCUUUGAUGGCAAUGUUAAUGAGGGUUCUACCUGUUGCACGUCAGUGUAAAACAACUGCCUGAAAAGAUAACCACAUUUGCCACAAUGCUCUUUGGAUGGCCACUUUAAGCCUGGAGUUGCCUAUCGCUUUUAUUUUGAAUGUUUCUUUUUGUGUCUUUUACUUUAUUUUUAACAAUGCAGAGCCAUUCUCACACUGUCCACUACCGUCCACAUUCAUUAUGGCUGACUUUUAGUGUGGUUAUAGUGUAACCUGUGGAUGUGUGUGUUGUGAUUAUCAUUUUAGUGGAUCUAAUUACUAUAUGUUGAAAAUUUUAAAGUCAUCUAUUAUUUCAUUUUUUGUAUUUUCUUAUUGUGUUUUGAUAAGGUGGGUGUAUAAGACUGCAACAGAGCAUCGGUAUUUGCUCCCUGUGCUAAAUAUUGAUUAAUUUCUGUUAUUGUUUAGUUACUCAAUAUAUAUUUAAUUGUUUUAAAAUACAAGCAUUUAUGGAAGAUAUGGCAUAUUUCAUUUUUGCAAGUAUUGUCCUCGGGAGGUAUGCGUUGACUGAAUUCCUUUGGUAGCAUUUCAACAGUAGAUAAAGGAGUUCAUCACCAAACGUUAUGCUAUGUAAAUGAAUGGUCCUAUACUGGCGAUGUUGGCAUAAAACAUGAAUUUUUUUUUCAGCAGAGCCUUGGCAGUAUUUGGGUAAAAAUAUUUGUUCCAAUUUAGUGUAAUAUUUUCAGUGUGCUAUUUUUACAAACCAAUUUGUAAAAGUGCAAAAAACAAAAAACAAAAACAUAAAAAAUAUAUACUAAAGGUGUUAUUUUAUUGAGAAGAAUAACUUCUUGCAAUGGGUGAUAUGUGUUAACAGCUCGCUGAUUUCUGUGACAGAGAAUAAAGUGCGUGUUGCACAGUGAGCUGCACCGGGUGUGCUGUAGGGGGCGACAUGUUGCCUUUGAACAGCGACCUCAAGCUGCUCCACUGUAAAUGA